AUGAAAAGCAAAAACUAUUUAAAAAAGGUAAAUCGGUCGGCCAAAUUGAAGCAGUGCAAGCUUGAUGCUCGCCGCGAGCAGUGGCUUUCUCAAGUGAAGAAUAAGGCUAACUUUAAGGAGGAGUCAAAUGGUGGAGGGAUGCAUGGAGGAUCAUCAGUUCUCAUGGAGAAGGAGAGCAUCCGAGCCAUUGAAAAACUGGAGAUUAAGCCGAGAGAGGUGCAAGAGAAUUAUGGAGAUGGAUUGCAACUGCAUCAUUACAGUGAUUCUGAAUCUUCUCCAUCGAACAGCCCCACUAGCCACACCAGCAGUGUCUUGGGCAGUAGUGAUUCCAGAGCCAAUUUUACCGGGAGCAGCAGCAGCAGCAGCAGCCGAAGCAGUAGUGGUAGUAGCAAUGGAUGUUGUUCUGAAAGUAUGAGUGAGGAAGAUGAAGGGGAUGACGAUGCCUGCUUGGAUGAUUGGGAGGCUAUGGCUGAUGCCUUGGCUGCCACCGAUGACAAGCAACAACAACAUAACCCCGAUUCAGGAUUGGAUUCGUCGCCUUCACAGAAAGAUGUAUAUGCUUCCCAGUCAGAUUCUCGAUCAAAGGUAACAAACCAGUCUGCUUUUGAGCUUGAUAUUUCAGAGCCAGAGCGAGAGAAUCAGGGAAUGGUUGCAGAAAGGGUUCUGUGCCAGGCAUGGAGACCUGAUGAUGCUUGUCGUCCUCAAACCCUGCCCAACUUGUCAAAGCAGUAUAGUUUUCCAAUGAAUUCAGGGAGACAUUUUGGUUGUGGAGGCUCUGUUUGGGCCUGUAAGAAUGUAGGCACUGUCCCCACAUCGUGCCCAAUAUGCUAUGAGGAUUUCGACUUCACGGACUCUAGUUUUCUCCCUUGUUCAUGUGGCUUCCGGCUCUGCCUUUUCUGUCACAAGAGGAUUCUUGAGGAGGAUGGGCGCUGUCCAGGUUGCAGGAAGCAGUAUGACUCUGAUACUGUUGAUGGAGAGGCAACACAGGAUGGAGGCAGCUUGACAUUUCAGUUGACUCGUUCUUGUAGCAUGAUCACUCGGUCUUAG